AUGGGUUCUCGGGAAGUUCAUCCACAGCAGCCGGACGAGAGAGCAACUGCAUUCUUCCGUGCACUAGAUCAGUAUAAUAGGGCCCUUGAGGAAGAUCUAGAGGUGGCUGCUGUGCGUGUCGAGAAUGACAGCGGUCUGCGUCCAGCUAGAGCUGACAGGAGACGACAGAGCUCGAGAAGCAUCCCCAAGCCUGAUGACCAGGGCACUGCUGUGUCCCAAGGGGGCAACGACGUCAAUGAGGAGGAUCCUUGGGUUGAAGCCUGGGUCUGA